AAUUAAUUAGAUCGUGCUUCGUGAUAUAUUCCGUCAACAAAAUAUUCGCUGGAGAUAACACUACAGUUAAAAUAUUGAUUAAAAAAAAUGAAAGAAAUGGAUGUUUGUGUAAGCUCUUACUCUUCUAUCAUUCAUUCAUUCACUUUGGAACUUAGUUUCUCCAAUUCAACCCAUUUUCCCUUGUUGGAAUCAGUGGAAGAAAUGGAUUCCAUAAUCCUGCUUUCUUGUACUACAAACUCAAACUAAUUUUCAUGGUUUCUUUCUUUGCUAUGUUGGAUGAUUGGUUAGUAGGGUCGUCUUUGAGGUUGUACAAGGCAGGCUACCGCAUAGAAUCUAAAAUUUGACAGUUUAAACUGUGGAUAAAAAGGGCCUCAGUGUUGCAAAAUAAGGCUCCUAUUAAUUGUCACACUUAAAUUGUGGUAAACCCUGCUCUUGUUAACAAUAUGACUAAACAUGCUCUUGAAGAGUCCCUUUUGAAUGGUGAAGCUAGUGUAACCAACAACAGUUCUGAUUCCAAAAAAGCAGGUGGUAAUGAAAUUUUAACAAGUUAUUUGAAUGCUGGAUUUUUUAGCAUUCUUACUUUCUCAUGGAUGACUCCACUUAUAACAUUAGGGAGUAAAAAGACUUUAAAUCAUCAAGACCUUCCACUUCUUUCUACUAAUGACACUGCCUAUGAAACUUUUUCUAAUUUUACAAAAAAGCUUGAGUUGGAGUGUGGUAAUGUUAGAACUGUGACCACUAUUAAACUCGCCAAGGUGCUGUUUUUAUCAACAUGGGAAGGGAUUCUUAUAUCUGGCAUAUUUGCAUUCUUUUACGUAUGUGCUACUUAUGUAGGACCUUACCUUAUUGACAACCUUGUUCAAUAUCUCAAUGAUGAAAACAAGGUUAAAAAUGAAGGCUAUAUUUUGGCUACAACGUUUGUUGCAGCAAAGCUUGUUGAGUGUAUUUCGCAAAAGCACUCAAUGUUUAGGUACCAACAGGUUGGUGUUAGGAUUCAAUCAAUGUUGGUGUCAAUGAUCUAUGCUAAAGGAUUGACCCUUUCGUGUCAAUCAAAAGAGUCACAUAGCAGUGGUGAAAUCAUCAACUUAAUGACUGUUGAUGCUCAAAGGAUAGCUGAGUUUUGUCGGUAUAUGCAUGAUCCAUGGAUGGCUAUUCUACAAGUUUCUUUGGCUUUGUUUAUUCUUCAUAGAAAUGUCGGGGUUGCUUCAGUGGCUGCUUUUGCUGCAACUGUUACUGUGAUGUUGCUAAACCUUCCUAUAACUUCACUGCAAGAGAGAUUCCAAGCUAAGUUAAUGGAGUUCAAGGAUAAAAGAAUGAAGGCGACGUCUGAGGUUCUAAUGAACAUGAGGAUUCUUAAACUUCAAGCGUGGGAGAUGAAGUUCUUAUCAAAGAUUAUUCAGCUUAGGAAGUUAGAGGAGAUAUGGCUAAAGAAAUUUCUUGUUGUUACCGCAAUUGUUAGAUUUCUCUUCUUUAGCGCCCCGACAUUUGUUGCUGUCGUUACUUUCGGUGCUUGUGCUCUUUUAGGCAUUCCACUUGAAACAGGAAAGAUCUUAUCUGCUCUUGCAACAUUCAGAAUUCUUCAAAUGCCUAUCUAUAAUAUUCCUGACACAAUUUCAGUGAUUGCACAAACCAAGGUUUCCCUCGAUAGGGUUGUUGCUUUUCUUCGUCUAGAUGAUUUGCAGACUGAUGUGGUGGAGAAGGUUCCGCGAGGUAGUUCUAAUAUGGCAAUUGAAAUAGUUAAUGGAAAUUUCUCUUGGGAUUUAUCUUCUGUCAAUGCAACGUUGAAAAACAUAAAUCUUAGAGUUUUUCAUAGUAUGAGGGUUGCUGUUUGUGGUACUGUUGGAUCAGGCAAGUCGAGUUUACUUUCUUGUAUAAUAGGUGAAAUACCAAAGAUAUCUGGUAACUUGAAGGUGUGUGGAACAAAGGCCUAUGUCGCUCAAUCACCAUGGAUACAGAGUGGAAAGAUAGAAGAGAACAUACUAUUUGGGAGAGAGAUGGAUAGGGAAAAGUAUGAAAAGGUGCUUGAAGCAUGUUCCUUGAAGAAAGACCUAGAGAUUUUACCGUUUGGUGAUCAGACCUUUAUUGGAGAAAAAGGAAUCAAUUUGAGUGGGGGACAGAAGCAAAGAGUACAAAUAGCGCGUGCUCUUUACCAAGAUGCCGAUAUAUAUCUUCUAGACGAUCCCUUUAGUGCUGUUGAUGCUCAUACAGGAUCCCACCUCUUUAAGGAGUGUUUGCUUGGCCUUUUGAAAACCAAAACUGUGAUAUACAUAACACAUCAAGUAGAGUUCUUACCCGACGCUGAUCUGAUACUUGUCAUGAAAGAAGGAAGGAUAACUCAAUCAGGAAAAUACAAUGACAUUCUUACUUCAGGAACCGAUUUUAUGGAACUUGUAGGCGCACAUAGAAACGCACUGUCUUCAGUUAAGUCUUUAGAGAGAAGGCCUACAUUUAAAACAUUGAGUAUUGCUGGAGAAGACACAGGUACAUUAAGCGAUUAUGAACUUGAGCAAGAAGUGGAAAAUAUAGAUGAUCGAAACGGCAAGCUAGAUGAAACAAAUAUACCAAAAGGCCAACUUGUUCAAGAUGAAGAACGUGAAAAGGGUAGUGUUGGGUUGAAAGUGUUCUGGAAAUACAUAACAACAGCUUAUGGAGGAGCUCUUGUACCUUUCCUAUUUCUUUCACACAUAGUCACUGUGGUUUUACAAAUUGCAAGCAAUUAUUGGAUGGCUUUGGCAACUCCUGUUUCAGCAACUGCAGAGCCUGGUAUUGGAAACUUUACUCUGAUGGUUGUAUAUGUUUCUUUGGCCAUUGGAAUUUCCUUUUCCACCCUUGUCAGAGCAUUUCUUGCUGCGAUAGUUGGAUACAAGACCGCCACCAUGCUCUUCAAUCAAAUGCAUUUUAGCUUCAUUCGAGCGCCAAUGUCAUUUUUUGACUCCACCCCAAGUGGAAGAAUUCUUAAUAGAGCUUCAGCAGACCAAAGUACAGUAGAUAUGAACAUUUCAAAUCUAGUAUGGGGAUUAACCUACAAUCUGGUUCAGCUUGUGGGAAAUAUUGCCGUGAUGUCUCAAGCUGCAUGGCAGGUGUUGGUAGUAUUGAUUCCUGUCGCGGCAGCUUGCAUAUGGUACCAGCGAUACUACUCAGCAUCAGCUCGGGAAUUGGCACGAUUAACUGGUAUAUGCCAAGCGCCAGUUAUACAGCAUUUUUCUGAAACGAUAUCCGGAUCAACAACCAUAAGAAGUUUUGAGCAAGAAUCAAGAUUUAAUGAAAUGAAUAUGCAAUUGAUAGACAAAUAUUCCCAACCUAAAUUAUACAGUGCUAGUGCAAUGGAAUGGUUGAGUUUCAGAUUGGAUCUUUUAUCCUCUACCAUAUUUGCUUUCUGCUUGAUUUUCUUGGUGUCCUUUCCAAGUUCAAUAGCUGAUCCUAGCAUUGCGGGAUUGGCUGUGACAUAUGGGAUUAAUCUAAAUGCUGUACAAUUCAAAUUAAUUAGGUUUCUUUGCAAUUUGGAGAACAAAAUUAUAUCGGUAGAACGAAUACUUCAGUACACCUCCAUCCCAAGUGAAGCACCUCUUGUAAUAAAAGACAAUCAACCAGAUCAUUCUUGGCCAUCAUUGGGAGAGGUUCAAGUCCAGGAUUUACAGGUUCAAUAUGCCCCUCACUUGCCUCUUGUUUUACAUGGACUUACAUGCACUUUUACUGCUGGAGCAAAAACUGGCAUUGUGGGAAGAACAGGAAGUGGAAAAACAACCUUAGUGCAAGCACUUUUUAGACUUGUUGAGCCUGUUGCAGGACAAAUAUUGAUAGAUAACAUCAACAUCUCAUUGAUUGGAGUCCAUGAUUUACGGUCCAGACUAAGCAUAAUUCCUCAGGAUCCAACAAUGUUUGAAGGGACUGUAAGAAGUAACCUCGACCCGCUGGAAGAGUACACAGAUGACCAAAUUUGGGAGGCUCUAGAUAUGUGCCAACUUGGAGAUGAAGUGAGAAAGAAAGAAAGAAAGCUUGACUCCACAGUUACUAAGAAUGGAGAAAACUGGAGCAUGGGUCAAAGGCAGUUAGUCUGCCUCGGCCGUGUUCUCCUUAAGAAAAGCAAGAUCUUGGUGCUCGAUGAAGCUACUGCAUCAGUUGAUAUGGCUAUGGAUAAUAUAAUUCAACAGACAGUUAAGCAACAUUUCUCUGAUUGCACGGUCAUUACCAUUGCUCAUAGAAUAACUUCAAUCCUCGAUAGCGACAUGGUUUUGUUUCUCGGUGAAGGGCUUAUUGAGGAAUAUGAUUCACCAAAGAAGUUGCUUAAGGACAAAUCUUCAUCUCUUGCUCAACUAGUUGCAGAAUACACAAGGAGGUCAAACACUGGUUUUGGAAGAUGAGAGCUAAAUUAAACUAGACUAAAAGUUGUAAGUUUUAAGAACGGUAUAAUAUUCAGAAUAAUAUAUGUUUGUGGGGUUACUCUUUCCACCUUCUAAGAGUUUCCCACCUAGGGGUGUGCAUGGAUCAAUAACCAAAACAAAUUAAACCAAAUUAAACCAAAUUAUGUUGAGAUGAAUUGUUCAUCAUAUCGUUAAUGAUGGUGAGUAUGUUAUAUGUUUUGGGUGCAUUCAUAAUCAUUUUUGGUGGCUGAAUCCCGGUGAUGUUUGGAUCAGUGGAGGCAUAAUUCCCAUUGUGUGGAAUUAGUGCUGGCAGGGCCGUAUCACGGUGAUGUUUAGAUCAGUCAGAUGGCUUAAUCCCAUGAUGAAUUGGUACCACAUGCAUGUAGUCUCAUUGCAUUAUUAUAACAUGAAUGGAGGAUGUCCAAUGUUAUAAUGUGGUGUGGUGAAUUAUGUUGUUGUAUUUUAUGAGUUGUUGUGUAAAGAAUUCUAAAAUCUGAAAUAUGUAUGAUAGGGUGAAUGAUGUACUUAUGAUGUUUUAUUGUUUAUGAACUCAUAACAUUUGUUAAUUGUGAAUAUGUCUCACCUUUACUGUUGAUCAUUUUCAGAUUGAGGAGUAGCGGCUUUUGUGCUUUGGUGAGGAUAGCUCGUAGAGCUAACCCGUUUAGUGUCAGUUGUGUCGGAUGUCAUGCUUUGGUCUUGUAACACUGGGGGAACGCUUGUUUGUUUUAGAGUUGUUUGAUAAAUUCUUAAAUUUAUUUGUUGAAUAAUUUUGUGGAGUUAUGAGGUGAUGACCUCUUGGAGUUGAUAACUGAUGUUUUGAUAUUAUUCAACUUAUGAACUUAUUUCCGUUGUGUUAACAUGUUUCGGUGAAUGUUAUUUAUUGAGUUUCUUCGUGAUAAGCAUGACAUGUGGUUUUAAAAUAUUAUUUGGAGAGUUGUAGCAUCCUUGUUACAUGUUUUGCUCUGAAUUUAUAUUAUUAUUCUGCAAGGUUAGAAGGGUGUUACAAUAAGUACCUUAGGUAAACAACGUCUAGGUACGACGAGUUCGUGUCUAGAAAAAGGUGGGUGCCUAAAAAAAUAGGAAGUGUAUAUCCACCUCUACUGGGUUACCAGCAGCCUGCUGUGUCGCAAGGAGCUAGGCCACAUACUGUCGCGCCAAGCAGUGAAACUU